AUGGGAGGCGAUCUCAACUUGAAGAAGUCAUGGCACCCCGUGCUCAUGAGCAAUCAAAGGCGGGUGUGGGAGGAAGAGAAAAAAGCCCUAGAUGAACGAAAACGUACAGACCAGAGGAUCAAGGAGUUGAAGGAGGAACGAGCCAAAGAGGAGAUACAAAACAAACUCGAAGCGGCAGGGAGUCGGAAGCGUGUUGACCGUGUGGAUUGGAUGUAUCAAGGCCCAUCUAGUGGUCAGGUUGGGACCACAGAGGAGAUGGAGGGAUAUUUACUUGGGAAACGACGAAUCGAUGGCUUGUUAAAGGGCACUGAGCACAAAAAGUUGGAGAAACAGGCAUCUGAGGAUAGCUUCAUGGCACUGCAGCAUGCGAAUACUCUGCGAGACACGACGGCCAAGAUUCGUGAAGAUCCCAUGCUGGCGAUCAAGAAACAGGAGCAAGCCGCUUAUGAGGCUAUGAUGAAUGACCCUAUCAAGAGACGACAAAUGCUCGCAUUGGCUGGGGCUGGCGAAGAGUCGAAAACUAAAAGGGAGAAGAAGCAUCGGCGACACCACCAUCGACGUCGUGAUGACUCGGGUGACGAGCGAACACACCGACAUCGUGAUGACUCUGGUGAUGAACGAAGACACAAGCGCAGGAAGCGAGAGCACGAUGAAGAACGAGGUCAUAGAAGCAGCCGCUCAGAGCAUCGUAGAAAGAGGUCGCCAUCAUAUUCAAGAUCACGAAGUCCCCCUCGAAGAAGGAAUAGCGAUGACAGAACUAGGAAUUCACGAUCAGCAUUACCGGUGAUGCGGGAAAGAGACCGAGCAGAAAAAUAUCAUGGCAGACGCCGUCGGAAUUCUUCUUCUGUCGAUUCUAGGUCGCCUUCCCCUCCCCGGAGAAGAUCUCCUGACAGACGAAGCUCGUAUCCUGCAAAUCGGGAGCACCGAAGCGAUAGGGGUUACCGAAAUAACGAUUAUCCAGAUCGUGCCAAGGAUCGAUUUAAUGACACGCGAAAUGGACGCAGUUAUGCCCCAGCCCCAAGGGUGGCGAAGACAGAUGAUUCUGAAGACAAAGAGGCUGAGCGUCAACUGAAGCUUGCUGCAAUGCAAGAAGAUGCUUCGAAACUAGACGUUGAUCGUGAAAAGCGCCUGGCAGCCCUCGCAGAACAGGAGCGAGCGGAUCGAGAGGCAGAAGAUGCAUCACGAGCACGAUCUUCCAAGUACACUGAUAAAGGAGAUUUUGUUAGGGGCUUAAAUCAAAAGGCUGGUGAGAUGGCAUUAGGGGAUCGAAUUGGUCGUGGCCGGCAAGGAUUUCAAAAGGACGAUGAGUGA